AUGCUGCAAAAGCUACAGGUGUUUUUCUUUAUUAUCUCUCUAAUGGCAUAACCAGUAUUUUCCAGUUGAACAUGUAAAUCUUGCUCCCUUAGUUAGGCUAUCAAUGUACUGUAGUAGUAAUAAUAAUAAAUAUCGUUCACAGGAAUUACAGUCUUAUUCUGAUGGCCUUCAGCUGGAGCUAAAGAGAAAAGAAAGUGGUUUGAACAUACUAAAGACAGAGAGGGAACAACUUAGUAACCAGAUCAACAUGGCUGAUGGUAAUAUUUAAUUUUAUGUUAUUCCUGUGACCAGAGCUUUUUUGGGUGGGCGGGUGGGGGUUUGUUACUCAAGGCUACACAGUACCAACACUCUUUUUUCCUAGAAAAAAAAUACUGGUUAAAAGUGUGGCACUUACUGUAAGAACUUCAUGGUGAGUACUAGCACCCUUUUAUCUAGAAAAAAAAGCACUGCCUGUGACUGACAUGCAGUCCUGGUGUCUUCUUUCACCACGUCCCUCAAAAAUUUUAUUUUUUAUACAGUAAACAGUGGGAAAUUCUGGAGGCUUUUAGCUUCUGAACACUAUGAGUAAGGAAAGCCCUUGGCUUAAUGAGUUGGCAAUUGUAGGAGAAAGGACUGUUGGUAGACAUAACACCAAGAUACAUAUUCUAUAAACAGAGCAAGCCUAAAUUCAUUUUCCAGAGACCAAGUGCAUCUCCCAGUGCGUUUCUGAACACAAUUCAAAGUGUCUGUGCUGACCAAGUCUUAAAUGGCCUUGGUCCAGUAUACCUGAAGGAGCGUCUCCAUCCCCAUCGCUCAGCCCAGACACUGAGGUCCUCCUCUGAGGGUCUUCCGCUGGUUCCCUCACUGCUGCAAGAAGCGAAGACAUCUGAAGGCAGCCCUGUAUCAGAUAUUUUAUAUAUUCUAAAAGUGACCCAGAGUGGCUAGGGAAACCCAGCCAGAUGGGUGGGGUAUAAAUAAUAAAAUUGUUAUUAUUUAUUUAGGAACAUUUAAGAUAAAAGGGAAAUAUGAUGUUAAAAAGUAAAUAAUUCAAAUAGCCAAUAUGAUUGAAGAAAGGCUGCAAUUUUGAUGGAGACAAACUGGUACUUUUCUUAUUUAAAUGACUGAAUAUUACCUUGGCAGAGGAAGAAUGGAACAUGGGCAUCUCAGAUAAACACAAAACUGACUGGGUUUUGAGUAAUCUGGAACUAUGCUGGAUACAUAAUUUCCUUGUUAAACCAAACCUUUUUAAACCACUGGAUCUUUACUAGUUCUGAAGAGCCAAGUGGUGCUUGAUAUUGAUAAAUCAUUACACAGAAGGUGAAAGAAGCAAGAUGUUUAAUAGGGAGCAUGUGUAAAUAUAGAUAGAAAUGCUGCAUUUUUGAAGAGUGAGGUUCAGGGUUCCGACUCCCUCCCAUCCCGUGCUAUUCUUUUAAAAAAGAAUACCACCACCACGUGGUGAAAGUGUGUAUUACUACUUCAAAUUAUGACUUCAGGAUAAGUAUAGUUUGUUUCCAGUGAUGGAGUUUAUUGAUUAUCCUUUCUGUAAUGUAAUUGUAUUUUUGCAUUCUUUAAUUCUGUAUUGCUGCCAAUGGAAGGCUGUUUUCAUGCCUAAUUGUAGCUUGGAGGACAGGAUCUUUGUAAAGAAUGCAGCUGGAGAGGGAAGAGGUAGCCUUUCCUUCCCUAGUUACAAUUUCCAUGAAGAUUACCUUCCCUUUGACAAUUUUGCUUUAAAAGUUGUCUCUUUCUCAAAUUCACUGAGAUAGUAAAGUUUAUUUAUUUAUAAAACAUAUUUAUAUGCGGCUAUAUGGUGUGUGUGUGUGUGUGUGUGUGUGUAAUCAGAGUGGUUUACGACAAUUAUACAUGAAAUCAUACAGUAAAAAAAUGUAUAAAUUUCCAAAAUCUGAGAUCAACUAUUACACAUGAGCAUUUUCUUAAUUUUCAGCAUAAGCUUGGCAGCACAGAAAAGCACAACAUUGGUCCCUGCAGAAGUGUUGUAGGCCACUCCAUAAGCAUACAGCAUCAUGACUUACAAUGAGCAUGCUUUGACUACUGUUAAACUAUAUUUCAAGCCUUGACUGAAAAACAAGUAGUCUCCACAAACACAAGAAUUUCAUGAACUAGGAGAUGUUUGCAUUAUUGAAUUUAAUGUGUAAUUCUGAAUUUAUCUGCCUUUUAAAUACUAUCUUUGUUUUUUAUUUCUCUUUCUAAAAAGCAGGAUGUAUCUUUACUUUUGCUCAAGAAGUCUUGGGAUUUCUUCUUGUUUUCCAUUUUUAAUACUACUGUUUAAUAUUCUAGUUUUAAUAUCAUCUUACUGCUUGUUCAAAGAUCUUUUUACACACUCAAAACUAGUGUUUUUCUUAAAAAAUGGUUAGGGGUACUCUCAUUUUCCUAUUCAUAUUGAAAUACUGCCCCUCAAUGAGGCCAAACUUAGAUUCACAAAAUGUUUAGGGGUAGGCGUACCACUGCGUCCCCCCAGAAAAAAAGCACUGCUCAAAACCAUAGUUUUAUUUAUUACAUUUUCCUUUUGGUUUACAUUCCCUUCUCCCCACCUUCUGCACUAUUAACUUUGAUAAAUGUUUGAGUGGUUCCUGCAGCUCCUCCUGCCUAAGGCACUUCUUUUGACCUUUUCACUUUACAUCCAUUAUCCAGUUGAGCACAUCAGUUUGUAUGAUUUUAAGUGUCACACUAUUUUGGUGAUGUAUACAUUUCUUCAUUGUAUCUCCUAUCUUGAAAUCAUCUCUAUCCAAAGGCCAUUUCGGAUAAAUGGCUUUUCUUUCUGAAGCCUAACAUUUAGAAUAUGAAUGCAAAAUGCUGUGUUCUAACUGUCCAGUAAUUCAAUCCAGCCCUUAAUUUGAAUAUCAACCUUGAAAUUCCUCUGCUUUUGAGAUUUAGAUCUUUGAGCUGAAAAAGUAGGUCUCUAGCUCAAAAAUGUCAUGACUGAUGUUGACUUUAAUGCAAAUUAUCGUCCCCCUGGAAACACAAAAGUAACACAGAAGAAUGGUGUGGUUUUUUAACUUAUUUCUACGAUCUAUAAUAUUAUAUGCAGUUGACAUUCUGUAUUAUUAUUUACAAUCCUCCACCACUGGUCUCCUGCUUCCAAGCAGCCCCCUUGUUGGCACUGUUUUCUUUUUUUGCCUGCAGGGCAGACAACUAAACAAACAACUUAAUUUUUUCCCCAGCUUAGCUUUUUCUCCUUUGACAAAACUACUAGCCCCGUGUAUUGCUGAUACACCAUCUACCCCUUCACUUAAUCUCUUAACUGUUGUUGUAUUUACCUGAGUUUGGAUCAUUUCUGUAAAAUAUAUUUUAUUAAACUGUGUCAGUGGCUGGCUUUAGCUGGCUGGCUUUGCUCUUCUGUUCUGUUUUUUUGUAAUACUGAUCACACCUGUAUGCAUUCAGCCUUUCUUUAACAAGGAAUAUCUAUAAGAUAAUGGUUCAAUGAUGAAGACUUUUAUGAGAAGUAGGCCAAUAAAAAGGGGAGCAGGAAUAGAGUGGUGUGAUUUUUUUCAAUGAUGUGGGCUUUGGGAACAGUAUCUCGAGAAUUAUACAAGUUACGAUUCAUGAAAAUAUAGUUACUUGACUGCAAGCUUUGUAUCACGCUUUGAACUUCAAUUUGUGCAAGCAUGCAAGCUUCGACAGAUGUCACUUUUUUGCUCACUUUUAAUGAAUUUCAUAACCAUCUCUACCCUGGACAUUAUAGUAAUGUAGAUCUGCAUUCUGUGACAGAAAGAGAAGCUUUUAAGGUCUCCCUAAGGAGCACAUAUGGUAACACACAAUACAUUUAAUGAAUGUUUGCCAUGAGUAGAUCAGGCAGAUUAUUCACAAAAAUAAAAAACAACACAUGAGAAAGCCAUUUCCCAUUCCUGGGGAAAUGACGUUGCGGGCUGGGGUCCUCGGCCAUGUCAGCCCGGGGGCAUGGUGCGGGCUAUUUAAACUGCCCACAACUGAGGACUCUCACCCUUUUCUUCCUGCUCGCUCAGUUCUCCCGCCCUCCCUCCCUAAGGUUAGGCUCAUUAUCUCUUGACUUUACUAUGGACCUCGGUUGGUCGCCUGUUGAAGGGGUCUGGUAGGAAUUUUUUCCACUUGGCAAAUUGGAACCAGCCAUUUGGUUUUUCGCCUACCUCGUAGCAAAUUGUCACAACUCUGUAAGGUUUGGCGGCUAGGCAUUGGAAUAUUUGGUUGAAGGGGAGGGGAGGUAGUGGCCAUCACCUACCCCUCCUAAUUCAAGGGUAUUCCGUUAAAGGAAUCCGGGGGGCAUGGUCUCUGUCCGAAGCACCAGACAGGGGGCUAGGGCCAUGGCACGACCCCUAGCGGUGACCCUGAGGGAGUUCCUAGUUGAUGUGCGUCAGCAGGACUCCCCCUACUGGUGGUUAACCCUCCCAAGACUUCCUGUGAACAGGCAGGAAUCAGAUAGUUUUGUGGUUUCCAAUGCCUAAGCCAACACCACUCAUAUUCUGUAACCAAUAACGUUGUGGCCUUUUUCACUCAUUAACCCAAAAUACUGUUUCAUGUGUCUUUAUUCCAACUUCCCGGGAGGAUUUGGGAACUUGCCAUGCAAAGAAAUUGGGGGUCCCCGCUUCUCAUUCUGAGCUCUUCUAAAUGCAGCUCUAAUGAUAUGCUUAAAAGAAAGCAGCAUCAAACUUUUGGAUUUGGUUUCAUUUCAGUUAGCGCUUCCUCAAAUGGUGUGUCAAUUAAUUUGACUAUGGAACUAUAGUUCGACUUCUGUUUUUAAGUGUUCUGUUUUAGGCUUUAGAAAUAAAUUCCUAUUUAUCCUAGCAAUUGGAAUUAGAAUUGGAGUUUUACAUUCUCCUCCCUUUCUCCUUUAGAGCGUCAUUCAAAAGAGAAACAGGCUUUGGUAGAAGAAAUCAUAGCACCAAAGAGAAAGAAGGAACAAAAUGACAGAGAGAUCUCUGCAAAAGAGGUAGAGAUAUUGCGUGCUCAACAGGAACUGGAGCAGCAACAGAUGAACCUGAGUAACACAGAACAUACUAUCCUUGUACUACAAGCAAAGGUAAUCUGAUUGCUUUGUUUCUAGCAAUUACUGCAAAUACCAAUACAGUGGUACCUCGGGUUAAGUACUUAAUUCGUUCCAGAGGUCCAUACUUAACCUGAAACUGUUCUUUACCUGAAGCACCACUUUAGCUAAUGGGGCCUCCUGCUGCUGCCGCGCUGCCGGAGCACGAUUUCUGUUCUCAUCCUGAAGCAAAGUUCUUAACCUGAAGCACUAUUUCUGGGUUAACGGAGUCUGUAACCUGAAGCGUAUGCAACCUGAAGUGUAUGUCACCCAAGGUACCACUAUAUGAUUAUCAUUGUAGUCUGGCAGAGGAGGACAGCAGUUAGAUAUCUCACACCAGAGGUGCCUGUAUGAUUCAGACAACAGUUUAGGAAAAGCGACCCAAAAUGUCUUAAAUGAGUCAACCAAGCAACCUGCUACAAGGGGAGGUCAAAGCCUCAAGACUGUUACCCAGUCUGGUUUGGGGGAUAUUACACCACAGUUACGGUGAUACUAUUUCAGUCUCGUUGCUGAAAAGAAGGCCAGCUUAGGCAUCUUAUGAUGUUGUUGGUGCCUAGAAUUAGUCAUCACCAUAUAAAAACAGAUGACUGGUGUUGAUAGAGCAGGCCAUCUGUUUGGCUGUGUUCAUACAAACUCAAUAAAGCAAGAAGCCCCCUGCAUAAAGCCUUCAGUUGCUUGUGUGUGUGUUUUACUCAUGCUGUAUCUUUGGACUCUUUCUGAAAGGAUCCAGAAACUUCAUCUGCAUACAUGAUGUUGCUAUCUGGGAAACUGCAGAAUGGCAACCAUUUGUAAGCCCCAAAUAUUGACACAUAUUCAUGCAACCAGGUUUGAGCUGUGAUAAACUAUACUUACCUUCUUUCACCUGUUGAAUUUAAAUCAAGGUUAAGCAACGGUCAGAACAGCAGAAGGCGGUGGAGUUGCAGCUUUCUGAAAAGAGGCAGGAGUUAUUGAAAGUUCAAUCUGCUGUGAAUGAAAUGGAAGAUAAGAUCUUUAAGAAAACAGCAGCGAUGCAAGAACAAAUCACUCACGAACUACGGUAUCAACAAAUGAAUCUGGCAGAUUGUGAAGACUAGUUGAGGUUGCAUUGUUUUAAAUUCAGCAAAUAUCCACAAAGUUACAUGACCAUCUGCCCACUCAUGCCUUUAUUCAUAAUUGAUUGCAUCCAAGUAGCCUAAAAGAAAUAAGAGCCAAUUCACUUCCAGCUCUUGACCCAGUCAUGAAACAUAUUGUCUCCCAUAUGGAGGACCUGCCUUACAGUUUUGAAAACUGCUGUGAUUUAGUAAUACAGUUUCUGCUGCAGGAAAGAGAAAGUUGUGUCCUUGCAGAACUUCAUUUCAUAGCCUGGAAUUGGGUACCCCAGCACACAAGGGACCAGGCUUCAUCCAUGUGUUUGGAGAGCAUGCUUAUUAGUUGAUUAUUGCUCUUCUAUUAUAACCCAUUCCUUUAUCUGUUCAAGUUUUUCUUUGAUUUGAUUUGAUUAUUAUUUUUUAUUGUGGUGACUUAUUUUACUGUGGAUUUUAAUUGUUGUGAAGCUGUCUUAGGAAGUUAGGUGUUCCUUGAAUCAAAAAGCAGGAUAUAAAUGAUUGGAUAAAUAAAAUGUGCGUACAUUUUCUGGUUAGGAAUGAGAUAUCUCUCCUUCAUCAACAAAUACGUGAGAGAGAGCUACUAGCAGAACAGGAUCGUUUCUUAAGAAGUAAAAUGGUGGGUGAUUAUACAGCACUGAACAAGGAAAAUUCUGCACUGCGGUCCAGGCUCUUGGAACUUACCAGGCAAACAAACAUUGUAAGAAAAGAAACAAUCUAACCAAUUGAUAUAAACUAUUUGCAGAAGAUUGUACAUAGGAGAGUUCCUGUUUUUCAACAGAUUUGUGCGUGGAAGUUGCCAAAUAAUUAUUUUUUAUAGUUCACUUGCAUAAACCAGUAAAUAGUUGACGAAUAAAGAAUCUGUAAAUUCCUGGAAGCCACUGAUAGAAGUAGGCCAACUGAAUAUUCAUUCUUCCUCUAUCUCUCAAGGGGUGAAAAUGUUACUACUUUUAAAAUACAUCUAUGUCAUGCAAAUUAGAUUGUGAGAUCUGGGUAUAAAUAAUUUCCUUCAGUGUUUAAAUAACACUUUGGGAAAAUAAUAAUAAUUAUAUAAUAUCCCUUGAGUGUUGAGCAAAAGCAUAAUGUUAGGACAAUUCAGACACCAAGAAACAAGGAAAAGAAAAUCUGAGUGACCUGUGUUUUCAAGGGCAUUACAUAGGAAGAGCUGGAUACAUUUAUUCACUGCACCCGAUUCUCCCGAUUCCAAACAGAUUAAAGACACACAGAACUUGUUUGGAUUUGAAACUGAUUCUUCAUUUAUCUUCAUAGUAGACAAAUAUGGAUGUGUAUCCAUUGUGAGUUAUGCUGGCCAAAAAACAGUCAUGUAGCAGACUUGUGCUCUAUAUUUUUCCUAUUACCUGUUUUAACCAAUUUCAUUUGUACAACUGGUUAGGCACUAAAAGCAUGUGCCUCCUGAGUUGUCCUUUGUUAUAAGUGCAUGCUUUUCCAAACCUUUCGCUGGGAGCUUUCAUUAAGGAGGCCAAUUAACUAGGAGCUGUAGGAAGUUAAAGCCUGUGUAGGCAGACAUAGGAAAGGGUCCAGCUACACAACUAAAUUAUUUGAAGGUUAUUACUCCAAAUGCCACUGAUCAACUGCUGUGCUUUCAAGAACUGUACAAGAUAUGUAAUUUCAUGCUUAGUUCACCCUUGUAUAACUUGCUACAGGAGAAAGCACUCAAGGAGGAGAGCUAUACAUCACACUCUGCCAGCAUUGCUCAGUUUCUUACUUUGAAAGAUCGUGAAGAACAUCUGCGACAAGAGAUCAAGAGGCACCAAGAACUCCUGAAACAGGAAAAUAACAUCUUCCAGGAUCUUGAGGAUAAGGUUGUAUGAUGCUAGAGAUUCUCUUAGUGCUUUAUAAUUCUGAAAAUGAGCAAUAGGACUCAUUUCUUAGCAGGUUCAUAGAUCAGAACACUAAUCUAGGCAUAAAGGGAUACUGAAGGAUUUUUCUUGACUGGGUCAAACUCUUCUUUCUUUCUUUCUUUCUUUGCCAAUCACUUGUGGCCAAGUAUGAUUGUCUUCCAUAAACAUGGUCUUAACGGUGUGUUCUUAAGUGACUGUGGUGGCCAAUUCUGGAUCCACACAUUCUUUCACAGUGCGGAUAUAGGUUUCUGGGCGGGAGUUGAUCACGGUGAGGAUUUGCCAAACGUGCCUUCCUCUUAGCUCAUUUUGUCCCAUUUUCUUGCUUCUUCACUUCUAUUAUGCCUUUGGUAAAGGCUAUUAUCCAAUUGGAGUGCUUGCAGGCCAGUGUUUCCCAAUUAUCUAUGCUUAUACUGCAUUUUUAAAGAUUUGCUUCAAGAGCAUCUUUAAACCUCUUUUACGGUGGCACUGGUGGCGCUGUGGUCUAAACCACAGAGCCUAGGGUUUGCCCAUCCGAAGGUCGGUGGUUCGAAUCCCUGCGACGGAGUGAGCUCCCGUUGCUUGGUCCCUGCUCCUGCCAACCUAGCAGUUCAAAAGUACGUCAAAGUGCAAGUAGAUAAAUAGGUAUCACUCUGGCGGGAAGGUAAACGGCAUUUCUGUGCACUGCUCUGGUUCUCCAGAAGCAACUUAGUCAUGCUGGCCACAUGACCCAGAAGCUGUCUACAGACAAACGCCGGCUCCCUUGGCCAGUAAAGCGAGAUGAGUGCCGCAACCUCAGAGUCCUCCGCAACGGGACCUAACGGUCAGGGGCCCCUUUACCUACUGUCCACCAGUAUUUCGCUUUCAAUUCUUAAGUUGGAAAUAGAGUAGUUGCUUUGGCAGACAUCCGAACCACAUGACCAGUCCGGCCAAGUUGAUGUUGAAGAAUCAUUGCUUCAAGACUGGUGAUAUUUUCUUUUUCCAUUACACUGACAUUAGUUUCCGAGACAAAACAUUUCAGAAACAUUUUUAUUUUGAUACUUUAGUCUUUUAUUAUCUCUCUUUCUGGUUUAUUUAUUGUUUGUGGUUUCUAACAGAUUAGAAUUUUGGGAAAAGGAAACACAUCUUUUAAGUUAAGCAUUGCAACAAUGAGCAGUCAAGUAACUGAAGCAAGAGCCUUGUUGGACAGAGAGGAGCAGGACAACGUUGAACUAAAAAGAGACAAAGUUCUGCUGGUUGAUCUUGCAUCUAAUCUACAGAACCAGGUAAACUCUUUUAUCCAGUCUAUAAUGAAGUUGCGGGUCUGCAAACAAAGCCAUUUUGGGCUCAGUUGGAGCCCAAAUAGAUAAUUCCUAUGUAUAUAUAAGAACAUAAGAAAAGCAUAUACCUCUGUGAAUCCCACAAACAGGACAUGAACAUAUUAAUGCUUGCUUGACAUCCCCAGCAAUUAGUAUUCAGAAGUGUACUGCUUGUUACCAGAAGUAAUGUAGUCAUGAUGACAAAUAUGUAAAUCAUGUUAUUUACUGAUAAUUUGGGGACAUUUGCCAUUAUGAGCUUCCCUUGACAAACCCUACUUUAUUUAAUGAUGUAUGUGGUGGACAAUGCAUCAUCAUUAUUUGUAUAGCACUAUCAUUGUGUAUGGUGCUUUACAGAGUACCAAAGGACCCAUACCCCAAGGUGGCUUAGGAUGUAAUACUUGACAUAAAUGAAAUAACAAAGGGAAGGGAAGGAAGUGGAAGCAGGUGUAAGUGAGGGAAAUAUGCAUUUAUAUCAUUUGUGCAUACUUUAUGAAGUCUGAGUAAUCCUUACAUUGUACUCUUAUGUGUGUUUAUUUGGAAGUAAAUCCUAUUGAAUUCUGUGGAAGUAUUCCCAAGAAAGCAUGCAUAGGUUUGCAGUCUUAUUAUAAAGCACAAAUAUAACUGCAAACCUAAUUUGCUUUUGCUUGUAAGCCUAGGGCCAAACUACAUAUUAUGCUUAUGCAUAUCAUGAUGCUUAAAAAUGUGAUUAGCACCAGUCUUUCCUCUUUUAAAAAAAAGCAGCUGCAGGGAACCCAGUCUGGAUUGCGACCACAACGUGAGGGAAUUAACAUUUUCCCAAUGUACUCAACUGAGUUUGCCAUCCAUUAGUUUCAUCCAUUUAUAGACCUCUUACUUUUUUCUUUGUAAGUAGGCCUCUUACUAUUAAUGAAUUUCUAAGCAGUUUACAAUAAGGAAAACCCAGAUACAUGAUUAAAAUAUACAGAUGUCCCAUAAGCCCAAUUUCAGAUGCUUUACAUUGAAAAAUCCAAAUACAUAAAGACACAAUAUCCAUAUCUAUAAUAACUAUAUAUAACUAAAAUUGGAGAAAAUUUCUAGGCAGCAUGGUACAAAUUCCCAGUCAACAUAAAGCACACUAUUCACAAGCCUUUCCCACAAUAUUAGUCACACCAUCCAUUCGAAAAACCACUGCAGCCAUUCACCACCUGAUACAGUAUGUCUGCUUGCAGCACCUUUUGGGCAAAAGGUUGUUUGAGAGGUGAUUUUCAGGAAAGAGGAAUGGGUUAAGCAUCCUCCAGUUGCUGCAGCCCAGACCCACUGUACCAUUUCCUAAGCACUUCCUUUUCUUGUUAGGAAAGAGAAGAAAGAGGUAUUCAGUGUAUUUUUUAAAAAAAUGUUUGCUUAAUAUUUGUUCCUAAGGAACAUCUUUUCUUUCACAAUUUUCCUUCUUUAGCUCAUUGAUAAAGAAAGCAGUCUUCUACAGACUUCCAAUAAGAUGCUACAGCUGGAUGAAGCAAUAUCAGCGUUAAAAACAAGGCAUGUGUUACAUCAGUCUCUUGAAUCAGAAAAAUGGGAUAAAAUCUCCAAAAUGGCAAAUUCAAUGAAGAAACUCAACAAGUCAAUGACAGAUGUUGUAGUCAAAAUGGGAAAAUAG